UAUGUAUGUCAAUGAAGAAGAUGAUAAUUGGUACUCAAUUGAUGAUGCCCAUCCUUUAAAUCAAGAUUAAUGGUGUUAUUCAAUUGUUUUUAACAAAGAAGGCAACAUUAUAAUUAGUUGUUCAGGAAAAUUCAUUAAAGUUUGGAAAUUUCAAGGAGGAAAUAUGACCUAUCAAAAAAAGAAAUAUAUAAUAAAGGCUCAUAAAAAAGAUAUUAAUACAUUAAGUUAUAGUAAAUAAUAAAAUAUGUUUGUCUCUGGAAGUGAUGAUAAUACAAUAAAAAUAUGGACAUUAAAUGCAAAUAAUACAUUUUAAUAAUCAUAAGAGAUUAUAACAUAAUCUUGGCCUUUAUCUUCUUUGUUGAAACAAGAUGAUUCAUAAUUAUUUGCUGGAUUAUGGAAUGGUAAUUUAUUAAUAUUUAAUAAAAAUGGAAAUGAAUAUAAAUUAUAAAAAGAAAUUUAAUCUCAUAAAAGUUAGAUUUAUAGCAUAAGUUUAAAUGAUUCUUAAGAUACACUUUUAACAUUAGGCUGGGAUAAGUAAAUUAAAAUUUAUUUACCAGAUGGAAAUAUUUGGUAAGAAACUUCAAAUGUUAAACUUGAUAAAAAUGGAUUUAGAGCUAGUUUCAUUAGUGAUGACUAGAUUAUUUAUUAACCUUUAGAAUCAGGAAGUACAUAAUUUUUUUAAUUUAAUAAAAAUAAAAAGAUGAUAUACAAUUAAAAUAUAGAUCUGAAUAUUGGAGUUGCUAAAGAAGAUAAAGCUUUCUUUCCAAUAUAAUGGAAUAAAUAAAAAGGAUUAUUCACUAUCAAAUUAGAAAAGAAAUUAUAUGUUAUUAAGAAAGAAAAUGAUAAUAAAUUUUAAAUUGUUAAAACUUUUGACUUUUCAGAUGAAAGAACAUUUGGUGCUGUUACUCCAAACUUUGAUUAUGUUAUUGUUUGGAAUAAGAAGGUUAAAGGAUAUGAAAAAAAAGCAAUAUGA